AUGGAGCAUUUGGGAGUCAUCUCUGAAGGACAAUGGGGCUCUCUUAGUGGAAUGUAUACUCCUGAGGAGGCUCAUUUUAUGGCUCAAGUGCUCAAUAACUUGCCAUCUGCAUUUUGGCCUUGCCAUGAUUCAUCUAUGAACAUGGCAGGACUUACUGAAUUUUCAUACUAUUAUUCAGAUAUGGCUAUUUCUAUUUCUUCAAACUUUGGUGGCGGUAUUUUGAGCCAAAGUUACUACAUGAGUGAUUCUCAUCCAAUUUUAGCAUCCAAGAAUAGCUCCAUGUCCAUUGAUAUUUGUAUGGCUGACAUGAAAAACAGCAGCUCAUUUCUCAUUGAAGGAAAUGACUGCUUAAACCAAGAAAUGAGUGACGAAAUUCCAGUAGAGUCUGCUGGAUACUUAGCUGAACCUACUGUAGCUGAAAAAGAAUCAACGCUUAGAAGGGGAUCUGAGAUAUCAAUGCCUGAUUCAAUCUCAGAAGACAAAUGUAACAACCCAUCUGAGAACUCUAAGAAAAGAGCUCGGAGUUUAGAAGAUGUGAGUCCUAAAGAGCAUACGAAUUCAACAAUCAAAGAAGAAGAUGGUAAUGCUGGCCUUACUGGGCAAAGUUCAAGUAGCUGCUCCUCGGAGGAUGAGUCCAAUUCUUCUCAGGAGCUGAAUGUAGGAGUGACCUCAAGUUUGACCACAAAAGGGGAUGUAACUCUAAACUUGAAUGGAAAAACAAGAGCCUGGACGGGUUCAGACGAUCCCCAGAGCGUCUAUGCAAGGAAAAGAAGAGAGAAAAUAAAUGAAAGGUUGAGAGUCCUGCAGAACCUUGUCCCUAAUGGAACAAAGGUUGAUAUUAGCACAAUGCUUGAGGAAGCUUUCCAAUAUGUGAAGUUUUUACAGCACCAGAUUAAGCUUUUAAGCUCUGAUGAACUAUGGAUGCAUGCUCCCAUCGCUUACAAUGGAUUGGACAUUGGUCUUGAUCUGAAAAACACCUCGCUGAGAAAAUCAUAG